AUGGAUAGGAACGACCCGGAGCUCCGGUACUUGUCGGUGGACCGGAACAGCUUCAAUGACCCGGCUACGCAGGCGGAAUGGACUCAGAAACGAUUAGUGUGGGUGCCCCAUGAGACCCAGGGUUUCGUAGCGGCAGGAAUAAAGGGAGAACGGGGAGAUGAAGUCGAGGUGGAAAUAGCGGAGUCUGGCAAGCGAAUGCUGGUGCCUAUAGAUGAUAUCCAAAAGAUGAAUCCACCGAAAUUUGACAAAGUGGAGGACAUGGCGGAGUUGACCUGCCUCAACGAGGCUUCCGUGCUGCAUAACAUCAAGGACAGAUAUUAUUCUGGCCUAAUUUAUACAUAUUCGGGGCUCUUCUGCGUGGUGGUGAACCCGUACAAGAAGCUGCCGAUCUACACGGAGAAGAUCAUGGAGCGCUACAAAGGCAUCAAGCGGCACGAGGUGCCGCCACACGUGUUCGCCAUCACCGACACCGCAUACCGUUCGAUGCUGCAAGACCGUGAGGACCAGUCGAUCCUCUGUACGGGUGAAUCGGGCGCUGGCAAGACAGAGAACACCAAAAAGGUCAUACAGUAUUUGGCGUACGUCGCCGCAUCCAAACCCAAAGGAUCAGGAGCGGGACCGUCGCCGCAAUUGAUUAUAGGCGAGCUGGAACAACAGUUGCUGCAAGCUAAUCCAAUUCUGGAGGCUUUCGGUAAUGCGAAGACAGUCAAAAACGACAACUCCUCGAGAUUUGGUAAAUUUAUAAGAAUCAACUUCGACGCAUCGGGAUACAUAGCCGGCGCGAAUAUAGAGACGUACUUACUGGAGAAGUCGAGAGCGAUCAGGCAGGCGAAGGACGAACGAACAUUCCACAUUUUCUACCAGCUCCUCGUCGGCGCCACACCUCAACAGAAAGCUGAGUACAUUCUAGAAGACCCCAAGAACUACCCGUUCUUGACCAAUGGCUCGCUACCGGUCCCCGGUAUCGACGACGCGGCGGAGUUCCAGGCGACCAUCAAGUCCAUGAAUAUCAUGGGGAUGAAUAUGGAGGAUUUCAACUCUAUCUUCAGGAUAGUGUCCGCCGUGCUACUGUUUGGUUCAAUGCAAUUCAAACAAGAAAGGAACUCGGACCAAGCGACGUUGCCUGACAACACGGUGGCGCAGAAGAUCGCGCAUCUGCUUGGUCUUUCCGUGACAGAAAUGACGAAAGCAUUCCUGAAGCCGCGUAUCAAGGUUGGCCGCGACUUCGUGACGAAAGCCCAGACGAAAGAACAGGUCGAGUUCUCGGUGGAAGCGAUAGGCAAGGCUUGCUACGAACGACUGUUCAGGUGGCUGGUGAACAGAAUCAAUAGGUCUCUCGACAGAACGAAGAGACAAGGCGCUUCGUUUAUAGGAAUUCUGGAUAUGGCAGGUUUUGAAAUCUUCGAGCUGAACUCAUUCGAACAGCUGUGUAUAAACUACACGAACGAAAAACUGCAGCAACUCUUCAACCACACCAUGUUCAUCCUAGAACAGGAAGAGUACCAGAGGGAAGGUAUCGAAUGGAAAUUCAUCGAUUUUGGACUGGAUCUGCAGCCGACGAUCGAUCUUAUUGACAAGCCAAUGGGUAUCAUGGCCCUCUUAGACGAAGAAUGCUGGUUUCCCAAGGCUACGGACAAGAGCUUUGUAGAAAAACUCGUGUCGGCACACUCCGUACAUCCGAAGUUCAUGAAGACCGACUUCAGGGGAGUCGCCGACUUUGCUAUUAUUCACUAUGCCGGCAAAGUCGAUUACUCGGCAUCGCAAUGGCUGAUGAAGAACAUGGAUCCACUGAACGAGAAUGUGGUCUCUCUUCUCCAAUCGUCUCAGGAUCCAUUCGUGUGCCACAUUUGGAAGGACGCUGAGAUAGUCGGAAUGGCACAGCAAGCGAUGACCGAUACACAGUUCGGUGCGCGAACAAGGAAGGGCAUGUUCAGAACCGUCUCCCAAUUGUACAAGGAACAGUUAACGAAGCUGAUGGCGACCCUGAGGAACACAAAUCCAAACUUCGUCAGAUGCAUUAUUCCCAACCACGAGAAGAAGGCCGGCAAAAUCGAAGCGCCUUUGGUGCUAGACCAGCUAAGAUGUAAUGGUGUGCUUGAAGGUAUCAGAAUAUGCAGACAGGGCUUCCCUAACAGGAUACCCUUCCAGGAGUUCAGGCAGCGGUACGAGCUGCUCACGCCUAAUAUCAUUCCCAAAGGAUUUAUGGACGGGAAGAAAGCUUGCGAGCAAAUGAUCGAAGCCUUAGAACUCGACCAUAACUUGUACCGUGUUGGACAGUCCAAGAUCUUCUUCAGAGCGGGAGUCUUGGCGCAUUUAGAGGAGGAGAGAGAUUACAAGAUUACGGACCUGAUCGUGAACUUCCAGGCGUUCUGUCGCGGUUACCUCGCCAGAAGGAACUACCAGAAGCGUCUUCAGCAGUUGAACGCUAUAAGGAUUAUCCAGAGGAACUGUGCUGCGUACCUAAAACUCAGGAAUUGGCAAUGGUGGAGGCUGUACAUAAAAGUGAAACCUUUGCUAGAAGUAACGAAGCAAGAAGAGAAACUAACCCAGAAGGAAGAUGAACUCCGCCAGAUUAGGGACAAGUUAGAAACACAGAUGAAGCGAUGCCAAGAGUACGAGCAGAAGUACCAGCAAGCCAACCAGGAGAAGACGCAGCUCGCCGAACAGCUGCAGGCGGAGCUGGAGCUGUGUGCAGAGGCCGAAGAGAGCAGAGCUCGAGCCGCUGCACGCAAGCAGGAACUCGAGGAACUGCUGCAUGAUCUUGAGGGCCGUAUUGAGGAGGAAGAGGAGCGCUGCAACGCACUGCAGCUGGAGAAGAAGCGGCUGCAGCUCAAUAUUCAGGAUUUAGAGGAACAACUGGAAGAAGAGGAAGCAGCCCGCCAAAAGCUGCAGCUGGAGCGCGUGCAGUGCGACGCCAAGCUCAAGAAGCUGGAGGAGGAUCUCGCGCUCAGCGAGGACACCAACCAGAAGCUGAUCAAAGAGAAAAAGAUCUUGGAGGAACGCGCUACGGACUUGUCGCAAGCACUGGCUGAAGAAGAGGAGAAGGCCAAGCACCUCAGCAAACUCAAAGCUAAGCAGGAGUCCGCUAUCGCUGAACUCGAAGAGAAGUUGCUCAAGGACCACCAACUUCGUCAAGAAGUUGACCGCGCGAAGCGGAAGUUGGAAACUGAAUUACAAGAUGUCAAGGAGCAACUUGCAGAGAGGAAAGCGCAAGUUGAGGAAUUGCAGAUAGUCCUUGCGAAGCGCGAGGAGGAGCUGGCGCUGGCGGCGGCGCGAGCGGAUGAGGAGUCAGCAGCGCGCGCGGUCGCGCAGAAGGCGGCGCGCGAGGCGCAGUCGGCGCUGGCUGAUGCGCACGACGACCUGGACGCCGAGCGAAGCGCGCGCGCCAAGGCUGAGAAGCUGCGCCGCGACCUCAACGAGGAGCUCGAGGCGCUCAAGAGCGAGCUGCUCGAUUCGCUCGACACCACCGCCGCCCAACAAGAGCUCCGCUCGAAACGCGAGCAAGAAGUAGCGGUACUGAAGCGAAGCCUAGAGGAAGAAGCGGUGGCACACGAGGCCACGCUAGCCGAACAGCGGCACAAGCACUCCCAGGAGUUGCAGCAGCUCAACGAACAGCAUGAACAGCUCAAAAAGACCAAAGCUGCACUGGAGAAGGCGAAGCAGGCGCUGGAAGCGGAGAACGCGGACCUGGCGACGGAACUGAAGAGUGCGAGUGCGGCGCGUGCAGAUGGCGAGCGUCGUCGGAAGCAGGCCGAAGCACAGCUUGUUGACCUCGCCGCCAAGCUGCAGGAGCUGGAGCGCACCAGGACGGAGACGCAGGAGAAGUGCUCGCGGCUGCAGGCCGAGGCGGAGCAGGCGCUGCAGCAGCUGGAGGCGGCCGAGCUGAAGGCCUCCGCCGCGCUCAAGCAGGCCGCCACCGCGGGCGCGCAGCACGCCGAGGCACAGGCACUUCUGGAAGAGGAAACGAAACAGAAGCUGUCGCUACAGACGCGACUGCGCAAUGUUGAACAGCAGCUGGAACAGGCGCGCGACCAGCUGGAAGAAGAAGAGGAGGCCAAGAAGAACUUGGAGAAGCAGGUGGCAGCACUAACGCAGCAAGUCGCAGACGCGAAGAAGAAGGCGGAGGAAGAGGCGGAAAUAGCAGCAGCUAUAGAAGAGCAGCGCAAGAAGCUGAGCAAGGAUGUGGAAGCUCUGCACCGGCAGAUCGACGAACUGCAGCAAGCCAAUGACAAACUGGACAAGAGCAAAAAGAAAAUCCAAGCAGAGCUGGAAGACACUAACAUAGAGUUGGAAGCUCAGCGCGCCAAGGUGCUAGAACUUGAGAAGAAGCAGAAGAACUUCGAUAAGGUGUUGGCGGAGGAGCGCGCCGUGGCGGAACGCAACGCGGCGGAACGAGACGCAGCGGAGCGCGAUGCGCGCGAUAAGGAGACGCGCGUGCUCAGCCUCACGCGCGAGCUCGACGACGCCGCGGAGAAGGUUGAGGAGUUGGAGCGUUCGAAGCGCGCGCUGCAGGCGGAGCUGGACGAGCUAGCCAACACGCAGGGCACGGCCGACAAGAACGUGCACGAGCUGGAGCGCGCCAAGCGCGCGCUCGAGUCGCAGCUGGCGGAGCUGCGUGCGCAGAACGAGGAGAUCGAGGACGACCUGCAGCUCACCGAGGACGCCAAGCUGCGCCUCGAGGUCAACAUGCAGGCGAUGCGCGCGCAGUUCGAGCGAGAGUUGCAGGCUAAAGAAGAGCAAGGCGAGGAGAAGCGUCGCGGCAUUGUGAAACAGUUACGCGACCUGGAAGCGGAGCUGGAGGAGGAACGCAAGACGCGGGCUGCCGCUAUUGCACAGCGUAAAAAGCUGGAGUCGGAUCUUAAGGACUCCGAGCAGGCCUUGCACCUUGCUAAUAAGGUGAAGGAGGACGCGGCGAAGCAGGUGAAGAAGCUGCAGCAGCAGCUGAAGGAAGCGGCACGCGAGGCGGAGGAGGCGCGCGCGGGGCGCGAGGAGGCUGCGGCGGCGGCGCGCGACGCCGAGCGCCGCGGCAAGGCGCUGGAGGCGGCCGCCGCGCAGCACGCCGAGGAGCUGGCCGCCGCCGAGCGCGCGCGCCGCCACGCGGAGGCCGAGCGCGACGACCUGCUCGACGAGCUUGCUGCGCACGCCGCCAAGAACACGAGCCUAGUAGACGAGAAGAAGCGGCUCGAAGCCAGGAUAUCGGCGCUUGAGGAGGACCUGGACGAAGAACAAUCCAACAACGAGAUACUUAACGACCGGUUGCGAAAGUCACAGAACCAAAUCGACCAACUGACGAUGGAGCUGGGCACGGAAAAGGCCGCCACUCAGAAGAUGGAGAGCGGCAAGCUGGUUCUGGAGAGACAGAACAAAGAACUGAAGGCCAAGCUAGCAGAGCUCGAAACAGCUGGACGCACCAAGACCAAGGGUGUGAUCACAUCGCUGGAGCUGAAGGUGUCGAACCUGGAGGAGCAGCUGGAGGCGGAGUCCCGCGAGCGGCUGGCGCAGCAGAAGGCGUCGCGCAAGCUCGACAAGAAGAUGAAAGAGCUCGCGCUACAGCUCGACGAAGAGCGCCGCCACGCCGACCAGUACAAAGAGCAGAUCGAGAAGAUGAACACGCGCGUGAAGACGCUGAAGCGGCAGCUGGACGAGGCGGAGGAAGAGGUGCAGCGUGAGAAGGUCGGCAAGCGCAAAGCGCAGCGCGAGCUCGAGGACCUGCUCGAGACACACGAGACGCUGGCGCGCGAGUGCUCCAACCUGCGCAACAAGCUGCGGCGACAGGGUGGCGGCAUCAGUCUCUCCGGCGCGUCGUCAUCUUCUCGCAUCAAACGCACCUCCCUAGCACCGGGCGCAGGCUCCGGCGACGAAUCGUUCGACGACGUCAACGACACCACCAACAGCAUCGAAUAA